AGGUUUUCCCAAUCCGUAUUGAUAUUUGUCAAUAUCUGGCUGUUGCUAGCCUGUCCCCACGCAAUCGCCUGUGAUUGCCUUGCCUCCAUCUUCUCAGUUCUCAAGGUCAAGAAAGGAAAUCAGUUGCACAUGUCUUGUAACUUUCUAGACCAUUGACCCAAGGAAAUCAUGAUCGAGACUAGUGAACUGGGAAGCAACUCGGUAGAAGAUGAAGAAGCCAAUCAUGCCACAAAAAUCUGGGGGGUGAACAAGUAUCGCCUGAACUUGAUGCGCCAAAAAAUCUCCGAUCCACCACGGUUACUGACAAAAGCAGCCGCUAACAGUUCAUGUUGCAUCUUUAAAGUCCCCCAAAGAUUCAUUGAUAUCAACGGUAAGUCCUACCAACCUCAUAUAGUCUCAAUAGGGCCUUAUCAUCAUGGUGAGGCGCAUCUUAGGAUGAUUGAAGAGCACAAGUGGGGGUAUUUAGGGUCUAUGCUCUCCAGGACACAGAACAACGGUUUGGACUUAGAAGUCUUGUUGAGGGCGAUACAGCCGCUAGAAAUGAAGGCAAGAGAGUGUUACUCGCAAAUUAUCCAUCUUGACACUUGUGAAUUUGUUGAAAUGAUGGUUCUUGAUGGUGUUUUUAUUAUAGAAUUGUUUCGUAAAGUUGGAGAAAUAGUUGGAUUUGAGGCCGACGAUCCCAUUGUUACCGUGGCGUGGAUCAUACCAUUUUUUUACAGGGACUUACUUAGACUUGAGAACCAAAUUCCUUUCUUUGUUCUUGAGUGUUUAUUUGAGAUAACAAGAACGCCUGGAGAAGAAUCUGGCCCUUCUUUGAGCAAGCUUGCUUUGGAUUUCUUCAAUAAUGCAUUGCAAAGACCAGAUUAUAUUAUUGCUAGGCAUAAUAAUGGCAAAGCCAAACAUCUACUUGAUUUAGUUCGUUCAAGUUUCAUAGAUUCUGAGCAAGCCCAGCCACGCUGCGUGGACACAUCGACUCCCAUGAUCCAAUCUGUAUCCAAACUUCGCCGUGCUGGAAUUAAGCUCCGUCAAGGGUAUCCUGCGGAUAGUUUCUUGGUGGUGAAAUUCAAGAACGGGGUGAUAGAAAUGCCUACCAUAACCAUUGAUGAUACCAUGAGUUCUUUUUUGCUUAACUGUGUAGCAUUCGAGCAGUGUCACAGUGGUUCUUCCAUUCAUUUCACGACCUAUGCAACUCUUCUAGACUGCCUGAUCAACACCAUUAAAGACGUAGAGUAUCUGUGUGACUGCAAUAUUAUUGAGAAUUACUUUGGCACUGAUUCAGAAGUUGCAAGAUUCGUCAAUGAUUUGGGCAAGGAAGUAGCAUUUGAUAUCGAAAGGUGUUAUUUGUCCGAGAUGUUCAGUGAUGUUCACCAAUACUACAAGAACAGAUGGCAUUUGCAGUGGGCAAGCUUCAAGUUUACUUAUUUUAGCACUCCUUGGUCUUUUAUAUCAGCAAUGGCUGCCUUGAUUAUCCUGCUCCUUACAGUGGCUCAAACCUUCUACACUGUUUAUGGCACUUACAAAACAUAAACCCUCUAUGUAUAACAUAAAUCCUCUGGUAGCUUAAAGAGGAUACAUUAUUAUAA